UUAUUUUUAUUUUUAUAGCCACCCUGGUCGUAGUUGAUCUGUGGUUUGUUUCUAAUCGCCAUUCAGCAUCGUGCCAGUCCCCGCUAGCUUUUACCGUUAGGUCAAUUAGGAGCCAAUUAGUUGUGGGUGGCGUCUUUCCUGCGUGGCACUCUACAGCCAAUGUGGUGAAUCUAUCUUUGCAAUACGAUUGCUAGCUUGGUUCGAUAGGGUAGUAUUUCAAAAUCGAUCGGUUGUUAGGUGAUUCUCAGCAGCACAUUUUAUUCUACCGUGGAUGUUCUCAUGCGUGCGUGAGCGAUGCCUUGCGGGACCCGCAUCAACUACUUCUCCUCGUGUCCUCGUCACGUUGCAUGAAAAACAGGGUGUUCUUUAAAGGCAACGAAGGAAGAGCCGAGCUUCACAGCAUGGAGAUUGCCGCCACAGAACCUCCUACACCGCCUGAUCCGGAAGGUGGUGCCAGCGAGGCUGCAGCUGCGAGCAGCGCGGAUUCGCCUGGACAUGAAUCCCGAUGUCUGGGAACUUUCCAGCGGUUUGCGGCCCAGUUUGGCGAGGAUAUUCCGCAGAGUGAUAUGACGUACUAUGCGGCUCAGGGUUGUGCAAAAAAUCCGUUCACACACGCAGAGUUUGUGGCGGGCAUUCUUCCGUGGAUCUACGAUUUGGAUGCAGCAAGCUUCAGGGGUGCGGUGCAGAGUUUCAGGGGCGCCUUGACGUAUGAUAACCUGAACCAACUGCGCCGACUAGAGGGCAGAGAUGGGCCCGAGGGGCACAACGCCAAGAUAGUUCACUUUCUUAAAAGCGGUGGUGUCUUGGGCUACCUAGUUCUAUGUGGUGCGAUCCUGGCCAUGAAUCCGAUGUUGCAUCAUAACCGACAUGAGGCGAUGGUUCGCCUCUUGAGGUCCUGUAUUGGCAGACCCUUUACAGAGGCAAAACGUCCGGCAACACCAGCAUUACGAAGUGAUUUAACUGCUGAGAAUGUCCGAGACCGAAUAUCAUCGACAAGCCAUUUGCAAGGAAAGACGGUUUUUGUGCUUUUGGACGAGAAGCUGAAGAAGAAACGCGCACUAUACGAACGAUUCAUCAAGUUAGUCUUGAAACGCUUUGGUUAUGAAAACAUCGACUUCGAUGAGAUGGAGAGCGAGACAUCUGGCAUAGAGGUCGAUGACGAAGGUAAGAAGCAGGUUCUCAUUUUCGUGACAAUUGAUGGCCCUCCAGAUGAGUCUAUGAAAGCCAAUUUGCGCAGGCGGCUUAGACGUAUUUUGGGGUCAUAUGGUGAUGUGGAUAUUGAUUACAUGGGGGAUUACGGCAGCUCAAUCGUGGUCUUGGCAUUAGGACGGCACCAAGCAGAGCUUUUCAAUCGGAUCCUGUUCUUGUACCCUGGCGUUCUGGCUGGCUUUGGAAUCCUGGAAGUGAUUCGCUUGGCCAGCUUGGAGAUAGUUGAUCUGCGAACUACCUUAUGGAACAUACUAGCUUCUGGUACGGACAACUCUGUCGAGAUUCAGCAAAAGCAUGUGUCCUUUGCUCAAGCUGUCGGCCGAUCUGUGACGACUGAAGAGCGCCAGCAGCUUACGAGCAAGCUGUCCGAGCUGCAGUUCCAGUCAGCACUCGUGUCAGUGACUGCAGAGCACAUCGAUGAUCAUAUGUAUUUAUCUGCAAUUCAUGGUCAUAUCCAGCAGAAUUGGCUGGGCGAAAGCCCAUUUGCAAAAGUAGCUCUUGCUGCUGCUGCACUUGCUGCUCCACCAUCAUCAGAACGCACUUUUGAUAAGCUGGCGGGUAGAAGAAACCCGUGGCAGCAUCCGGAGUUCUACAAACGUUUCUACGUGGAGCCACCAACGACGGUAAGGGUAGAGACGGCAGCAGCUGGGACAACAACCUGGUCAGAACGUACUUCAGCCGCUUCUACGAUGACUGCCGAAAGUACUGGCGCAUCUGAAAUGUGCAUGGAGCCACCAACGACGGUAUGGGUAGAGACGGCAGCAGCUGGGACAACAACCUGGUCAGAACGUACUUCAGCCGCUUCUACGAUGACUGCCGAAAGUACUGGCGCAUCUGAAAUGUGCAUUGCGCCACCAACGACGGUAAGGGUAGAGACGGCAGCUAGGACAACAACCCGGUUAGAACGUACUUCAGCCACUUCUACGAUGACUGCCGAAAGUACUGGCGCAUCUGAAAUGUGCAUUGCGCCACCAACGACGGUAAGGGUAGAGACGGCAGCUAGGACAACAACCCGGUUAGAACGUACUUCAGCCACUUCUACGAUGACUGCCGAAAGUACUGGCGCAUCUGAAAUGUGCAUUGCGCCACCAACGACGGUAAGGGUAGAGACGGCAGCUAGGACAACAACCCGGUUAGAACGUACUUCAGCCACUUCUACGAUGACUGCCGAAAUUACUGGCGCAUCUGAUAUGGGCAGUCAACCCAUGGCGUCCUUUCCAGAGCAGAGAUUUCGGGCGGAGAGCUCCUCUGAGGAAGCCACAGCUGCAAGUUCCACUGCAAACUUGCCCAAACGAGAUCGUCUAAUCUCUGAGAUCCAAGACAUACAUGAGUUUGGAUAUAAGGUAUACAGGUUGUUAUCCUCCAGGGUCCGUGCUGCGUUGAGAAGACAUUUAAUGGCUCGAAGAGCCACAAGACGGCAUUCUCUUCGCGAUGUCGAUCUGUCCGUCGUCGACCUGAUCUACGAUUUCCGCUACCAGGAGCCCGUCCCCAGCUGUGCCCAGUUUCUUGCCAUACUGGAGAAGAUUUCACCGUCUGCUGCGUCCAGGGUGGAAGACCUGCUAGAGAGGACGAAGUUUUCAUCUUGAUCAGGACGAUCCUGUAUAAUAUCUUCGACGCACACACACACACACACACACACACGCACACACACGCACACACACACACACACACACACACACACACACACACACACACACACACAUACACACACACACACAGGCACACACGCACGCGCACACACACACACACAUGCAAACACCUCAGACCUCAGACAUGCCCAUCGCGGGAGCGAUGAUAGCGAACAGCUAUGUUAGACAUAGCAACUUGUGCUGGGAUUACACCAUUCAACAGCUUGCAAGGCUGAUGAAUUGACCGCCACUAUUUUUAGCCUGGUAUCCACCACACAGCUGUUUGAAGUGACUUUUUCUGGCCAGUGAAUCCCUAUUUUUCAUUUUUCCAUUUUUUUUCUUUUUUUUUCUUUUUUUCUACACACACACCACACCACAUACUCCGGCAUACACUGGCUGUUGGUAACCACCCAGGAGAAUGAAAGAAAAGCGAUUUCCAAUCGAUAGGUUGCGGGUUCGAUUCCCGACGAUUAUGGUCACACACGUCUUUCUUCUCUUUCUCAGACUCUUCCUGACAUGCAAACACACACACACACACACAUACACACAUACACACACACUCCACUACGAUUGACUUCUCACUUGAUGACCUGAAGCCUAAGGGUCGCAGAGCUGACCUUGAAUCCGCGCAUCAUCCCAAUGUUGAUGCGACUAGGCAGCAUGUGCAUGCAUGUCAGAAUGCUUGGUGCCUGCGUAUCAACACCGGCGGAAGACUGAGCCACCCGUCUGCACUGCAGCUCUCUGUAGCUUAGGGUACAAUCAUCUACUUUUGAUCUUUUAGAACCGCCGGUUUGCGUUCACGAAAUCCUUAUAUUAGUUGUUUGCAAAUAUCGAACUACUUCGAAGUAUUUUCAUGUAAUUUUAUGAUACUAUCCCAAGAUUCAUAAUAUUAAAAUUUUGAUAGUCAUAAUCAUACGCAUGCCAUAUUUGUCAGGAUCAACUCUUGGUUAACGGGUAGCUUGGUUUUCAAUUUUCUUUUAAAAUGUCAUGUGACCGGAGCAGAAGGCAUGUCAUUUAAAUUAGUCCUGCCUUCCAA